AUGCGAGGCAGACUUGCUGGUCUCAGCCGGCUGGGAUGGCAUGUGAGGUCAAGAGGUCCAGCGUUGGCAUUGGCACCAGCGUUGCAGAUCCCAACCCUCCAGGGCGGUUUGGACGCUCAACGCCGUGGCAUGAAGCUCACACCACGUGAGCUGGACCAUCUACGACUCUCCCAGGCUGGGCAGCUCGCUCAACGCCGCUUGGCGCGGGGCUUGCGGCUGAAUCAUCCGGAGGCGGUGGCGCUCUUGACCAGUCAAAUGAUGGAGUUCAUCCGCGACGGCGAGUCGGUGGCCGCGCUGAUGGACCUGGGGAAGCAGCUCCUCGGGCGACGCCAGGUACUUCCAGGCGUCGAGAAGCUCAUCCCGGAUGUCCAGGUCGAAGCCACCUUCCCUGAUGGCACGAAAUUGCUCACGGUGCAUCAGCCGAUCUGCAAUGUGGAUGGAGACUUGAGCCUAGCUCUGAAAGGUUCCUUCUUACCGGAGCCAGACUAUGGCCUCUUUGGAGAGCUCGAAGAAGACGAGGCACCUGGGAAGGUGACAGCGGCUGAGGGUGGUGUCGAGCUGAAUGCUGGGCGCUCCCUGAUCGAAUUGGAGGUCACCAACACCGGCGACCGACCCAUCCAGGUUGGCUCUCAUUACCAUUUCAUUGAGACCAACAAGUCUUUGCUGUUUGACCGCGAGAAGGCCUACGGCCGGCGGCUGAACGUGCCCAGCGGCUCGGCGGUGCGCUUCGAGCCGGGAGAUUCCAAGGUGGUGUCGCUCGUCGAGAUCGCUGGCAAGAAGCGGGUGGUCUCGGGCAACCGCCUGGUGGACGGUGUUGCAAGCGCAGACCGCUUGCCGGAGGUCAUGGCGCGUGUGGAGUCCGGCGGCUUUGGUCAUCAGGCAGUGUCCGAAGCUCCUGCUGGGCAGCCUUUGAUCCUGGCGCGUGACCGCUAUGCGGAGCUCUUCGGGCCGACUGUGGGAGACAAGGUGCGGCUGGGAGACACCAAUCUGAUUGCAGAGGUGGAGAAGGACUUCACGGUGUAUGGAGAGGAGUGCAAGUUUGGAGGUGGAAAGGUGCUGCGCGAAGGGAUGGGGCAAGCCACUGGUGUGCCAGCGAAGGAUGCCUUGGACGUCGUCAUUACCAACGCGCUCAUUGUGGAUGCGAAGUCCGGGAUUGUGAAAGCAGACAUUGGCAUCAAGGGGAACCGCAUUGUGGGCAUUGGAAAGGCUGGCAAUCCAGACAUCAUGGAUGGGGUUUCCAAAGGAAUGGUGGUGGGAGUCACCACCGAAGCCAUUGCUGGCGAGGGCAUGAUUGUGACUGCUGGUGGCCUGGACAUGCAUGUGCAUUGGAUUUGCCCGCAGCAAAUCGACGACGCGAUUGCUUCGGGGCUGACCACCAUGUAUGGUGGAGGCACCGGCCCUGCGACGGGGACGAAUGCCACCACCUGCACACCGGCACCCAGCCAGGUCGCCAUGAUGCUUCAAGCGACAGACACGUAUCCCUUGAACUUCGGCUUCUCCGGAAAGGGCAACACCUCGGAUCCCACGGGGCUCAAAGAAGUGAUCAAGGCUGGGGCAGCUGGGCUCAAGCUGCACGAGGAUUGGGGAACGACCCCGGCGGUGAUCGACACGGCACUCACCUUCGCGGACGAGAAUGACAUUGCCAUCACGAUCCACACGGAUACCAUCAACGAAUCCGGCUUCGUUGAUGACUCCAUUGCAGCAAUGAAAGGUCGGACCAUCCAUACCUACCACACGGAGGGUGCUGGUGGUGGGCAUGCGCCUGAUAUCAUCAAGGUCUGUGGCCUUCCCAACGUGUUGCCGUCCUCCACGAAUCCGACACGACCCUUCACCACCAACACCAUGGAGGAGCAUCUGGAUAUGCUGAUGGUUUGUCACCACCUUAACAAGAACAUCCCCGAGGAUGUGGCCUUUGCGGAGAGUCGGAUCCGCGGGGAGACGAUCGCUGCAGAGGACAUCUUACAUGACAUGGGCGCGAUUUCAAUCAUCUCCUCCGACUCCCAGGCCAUGGGCCGUGUGGGUGAGGUGAUUUGUCGCACCUGGCAGACAGCGGCCAAGAUGAAGCUGCAACGUGGGCCUCUACCCGAAGACACGGCCAAUGACAACACGCGCAUCAAGAGAUACAUCGCGAAGUACACGAUCAACCCGGCCCUGGCCCAUGGCAUGGCACAUGCCAUUGGCAGCCUGGAGGUGGGGAAGCUGGCAGAUAUUUGUCUCUGGCAGCCAGCUUUCUUUGGAUCCAAGCCAGAGAUGGUCAUUAAGGGAGGGACCAUCGCUUGGGCUCAGAUGGGAGAUCCCAAUGCAUCGAUCCCCACGCCACAGCCCGUGCUCAUGCGACCCAUGUUCGGCAGCUUUGGAAAGGCCGUUGGCUCCACUUGCUUGAGCUUCGUCUCCAAGGAUGCUGCAGAGGAACCCGCUCUGGUGCGUUCCUAUGGGCUGCAUAAGCAGAUUGAAGCGGUGAAAGGCACUCGAAGUGUGCAGAAGAAGGACAUGGUCUUGAAUGAUGCCACGCCUACGAUUAGUGUGAAUCCGGAGACCUUCGAGGUCACGGCCGAUGGGGAGAAGCUGACCUGCGAGCCAGUGGACUCUGUGCCCUUGGCUCGGAAGUACUUCCUCUUCUGA